AUGGACAAGAGUACCAGCAGAAGGAAGAAGAAGUUUCUCUUUCCAAAACUUCACGGAACAAAAGAUGGGAAUGCCUCACCAAGACAUAGCACCACAGCGUACUGCAUCGACUCCACAGACAAUACUAUUGGUUUUUCAGUUGAUUUGAAGGAGUCCCCAGAACGGUCGUCAGUGGCUUCCCCGUCAGCAUCAUCCUCAUUCUUCUUCAAAAGUCUUUCGGAAAGUAGAAGUCUAAAAUUUGGCGGUUUUGGUUCUCCUGCAACAACCAAUACUACUCAUAUGGAAGCUUUCAGGGUAUUUGCAGCCACAUGGAACGUUGCCGGAAAAACCCCGGACAGGGAUCUCAAUCUGAAUGAUUUCCUGCCUUCUGAUGACUAUUCUGACAUUUAUGUGCUAGGGUUCCAAGAAGUGGUCCCCCUGAACGCCGGCAACGUCCUGGUGAUCGAGGACAACGAGCCGGCGUCGAGAUGGCUGGCGCUCAUCAACCAGGCGCUGAACCGGCCAUCGCCGUCUUCCGACGCCUCCGCCGUGUCGGAAGCUUCAGCCAGCAGCUACUCGUUCAGCCGGUCCCUGGACACGGCCGCGGCGGCGGCGGCGGCGGCGGCGCCGUCCCCGGCGGCUUCGGCUCUCCAGACGCCGAGCACCAGCCCCCUGGACCCGGCCCGAUUCCACAAGUCUUCGAACAGGGAGAUCCGGCGCGCCGCCAUCACCCGCGGGCGGCGGCUCAAGGCGUGCACCUGCCCGUCGUCGGACCACCUCCACUGGCCGCCGCGGAGGAGGCAGCCAUAUUGCAGGGCGCCCUGCCUGAUGGGCUGCGGCGGCGGCAGGAGCGCGAGCGCCGCCGCCGUGGAGGGCGACUCGACGACGUCGGACGACGACGAGGAGGACGAGGAGGUCCGGGCCAGCAGCUUCGCGGCGUCCGACGUGAUGACCAAGAGCCCCGCCGCAGCCGGGGCGGCUGCGGGGGCCGCGGUGGCGGGGCGGCGCGAGUGCUACUGCCUGGUGGCGUGCAAGCAGAUGGUGGGGCUGUUCGCGACGGUGUGGGUGAGGCGCGGGCUGGUGCCCCACGUCGGCCAUGUCCGCUUCUCCUGCGUCGGCCGUGGCAUCAUGGGCUACCUCGGCAACAAGGGGUGCAUCUCGGUGAGCAUGUCGCUGCACCAGACGAGCCUGUGCUUCGUGUGCAGCCACCUGGCGUCAGGGGAGAAGGAAGGCGACGAGCUGAGGCGGAACUCCGACGUGGUGGAGAUCCUCAAGAACACGCAGUUCCGCCGCCUCUGCAAGCGCUCCGGCCGCCGGAUCCCCGAGCGAAUCCUCGACCACGAUCGUGUGAUCUGGCUAGGCGAUCUCAACUACCGGAUUGCUCUGAGCUACACGGAGGCCAAGAAGCUCGUCCAGGCCAACGACUGGGGCGCUCUCUUCGAGAAGGAUCAGCUCAAGACUGAAAGGGAGAGCGGGGUCUUCAGAGGGUGGAACGAGGGCAAGAUCUUCUUCGCCCCCACCUACAAGUACUCGUGGAACUCCGACACCUACGCCGGCGAGGACGUGGCGUCCAAGAAGAAGAGGAGGACGCCGGCAUGGUGCGACCGGAUCCUCUGGCACGGCGAAGGGAUAGUGCAGCUGUGCUACGUCCGCGGGGAGUCCAAGUUUUCCGACCACCGCCCUGUCUGCGGCGUGUUCAUCGUCAAGGCCGCGGUCCCCGACAACAACAACAGGCUUGUCAAGUUCGCGUCAGGCCCCAACAUGAAAGUUGGCGCGGAGGAACUCCUGCUCGCCUCCAAGUAG